AUGUCCGCUCCAAGGAGAUCAGGGAGAACAGCUGCAGCAGCUACAAGCGCAGCUCCCACUACCCCUGCGGCCCAGCCAUUGGCUGGCACUGUCAUCGCCAUCAGUGGCACCUUUGACAAGAAGCGGACGGAUCUCGAGUCGUGGCUCUCCUCCCUCGGUGCCGGCAUUGCCAAGUCAAUUACCAAGAAGACUACUCACCUUAUUACGACACUCGAGGAAUUCAACGCUGUAACCACCAAAGUUGCUUCCGCUCAGAAGAAUGGCAUCUUCAUCGUCACCCUUGAUUGGGCCGAGAAGUCCGAGUCUCAGGGGUCCAAGGUCGCCGAGAGCGAUUUUGAGCCCGGCAAAACCACAACGACCAAGGCAAAGGCCGCCCCGUCUGCAGCCACCAACGGUUCCACAAAGAAGAAUGGAGCCUCAGCGCAGUCCAACGGCUCUCAGCAGAAUGGCUCGCAGUCGCAGUCUCAAGCCAGCACUGCGUCCAAGACCAGUGCCGCGAGCAAGAAGCGCGUCAAGGCAGAUGCUCAGUCUGACAAUGACAGUGAUGCUGAUGCCAAACCCGACGUGAAGAAGCAGAAGGCUGCCGCCGGUGCCAAGGGCAAGAAGAAGGCUGCUGGUUCUGCGGCCGCGGCUGACGAUGCCGAUGACAAGACCGACGUGAAAAAGAAGGCUGCAAGCAGCGGCGACGCCCAGACCGCCUCCAAAGGAAUCGUGGUUCCUCUUGACGAGGGCUGCAAGGUCCAGGGAACCGUCUACAUUGCACCCGACGGUGUCAUUUACGACGCAUCUCUGAACCAAACGAAUGCCUCAAACAAUAACAACAAGUUCUAUCGUAUUCAGCUUGUUCAAGACGGCAAAACGUUCAAAACGUGGACCCGCUGGGGCAGAGUCGGAGAAUUCGGCCAGUCUGCUGUCCUCGGCAAUGGCAGCCUCGACGACGCGUUGAAGAACUACGACAAGAAGUUCAAAGACAAGAGUGGUGUCGCGUGGGCCAAGCGCGCAGACCCUCCCAAGCCCGGCAAAUACGCCUUUGUUGAGCGUAGCUACGAGCCAGACUCAGAUGACGAUGAAGACGACGACGACGAGGGUGCGGCCGGCGACGUCAAGAAGGAAGAGGACGACAGCGACGACGACAUGGCGGACCCAGUUAAAUCAUCCCUUCCUCAACCGGUGCAGGACCUGAUGGGCCUCAUCUUCAACCAGCAGUACUUCCGCGAGGCCAUGACCUCCAUGAACUACGAUGCCAACAAGCUGCCCCUCGGCAAGCUCAGCAAGAAUACCAUUCUCAGAGGUUUCCAGGUGCUCAAGGACUUGGCCGCUCUCUUCAACGACAGCACGCUUGCCGACUCCGAGUACCACAUGUCCGUCCCGGCUGCGACUGAACACUUGUCCAACUCGUACUACUCGCUGAUCCCCCACGCCUUUGGUCGCAACCGUCCGCCCAUCAUCGGCUCUGGUGCUAUGCUGAAGAAGGAAGUCGACUUGCUCGACAGUCUGUCCGACAUGAAGGUCGCAGCGGACCUUAUGAAGGUUGACCGCAAGAACACGGACGUUCACCAAGCCGACAGACAGUACCAGGGUCUCGGAAUGGAGGAGAUGACUCCUCUUGACCGCAAGAGUACCGAGUUCACCCUUCUUGCUGAAUACCUGAAUGGAUCCAGGGGCUCUACCCACGGUCACACCUAUAAGAUUGAGGACAUCUUCCGGAUUGAACGACAGGGCGAGCUGGAGCGCUUCGAGAAGAGCGAGUUCUCAUCCAUCAAGUCCGACCGCAGAUUGCUGUGGCAUGGCUCUCGAGUCACCAACUAUGGUGGUAUUCUCAGCCAGGGUCUCCGAAUCGCCCCUCCUGAGGCCCCCGUGUCGGGCUACAUGUUUGGCAAGGGCAUUUACCUUGCAGACAUGUCGAGCAAGUCAGCAAACUACUGCGCCUCCUAUAACUCAGGGGGUCAGGCGUUGCUGCUGCUUUGCGAGGCCGAGCUUGGAGACCCAAUGCAGAAGCUUACAAACGCGAGCUAUAACGCUGGCGAUGAUGCAAAGGCGGGCGGCAUGUGGUCCACUUGGGGUCAGGGUAACACCGGACCGAGCAAGUGGAAGGAUGCUAGCUGUGUCAACCCGGACCUGAAGGGAAUCCAAAUGCCCGACGUGAGCGUCACGCCAGGCCCCACCAAUGUUCCAGGUGCAUACCUCAUGUACAAUGAGUACAUUGCUUACGAUCUUGCCCAAGUCCGUCUUCGCUACUUGUUCCGCGUCAAGAUGUGA